GUGGGUAUGUUUUGGACUGCAAAAUCUGACGUUUGUACCAAAUAAUGUCCCACUUUGGGCAUUUGAAAAGGUGGCAACCCUAUUACGGUGCCGAAUUGCCAUAACGACGACAAACCUUCAAGGAAGGCACCUUUGAACAAAUACUACUGCCAGUAUGAAAACCACAUAAACAAAACAGCACUCCUGAACUCAACAUCGCAAUUACAGCGAAUCAAACUCAGCCAAGGUUCGCUGUAGUCACGUGACGACAGGACGUGUUAUUGAUGAGACAGUGCGCCGCGAAUUUUACAGAAAAUAAACACUACAUGUGCAGCUUUAGGGAGUAAAGCUGUAGCUGAAGUCAUUCUAGUUUAGGUGUAUUCCGUUACUAUUUAGAAGUACGCCCUUCGUGGAUCACCAUGUCUUCAGCAUUCAGAAAAGCAUUGAAAUCCCAUCAGAGGAGCCAUAAGGAAAGGUCUCAGCCUGGAUUUAGAAAGCGUCUUGGUCUGCUUGAGAAGAAGAAGGACUACAAAAUACGUGCAGAAGAAUACCACAAAAAGCAAAAUAAACUCAAAGCUCUUCAGAAAAAAGCAUUGGAAAAAAAUCCAGAUGAAUUUUAUUUUAAGAUGACCAGUAACAAGCUCCAGAAUGGAGUCCAUGUUCUGAAGCAGCCCAAAGAAGAAGUAACAGAAGAGCAACUAAAGUUAAUGCGAACACAGGAUAUCAAAUAUGUAACAAUGAAGAGGGUAUCUGAAGGAAAGAAAAUAGAGAAAAUGAAAGCAGAACUCCAUCUCCUAGAUGCUGAUGGAAAACAACCAAACAAACAUGUUUUCUUUUUUGAUACAAAAAAGGAAGUUGAGGAGUUUGAUGUAGCGUCACAUCUAAAUACUUUGCCCGAGCUGGUAGACAGAGUGUAUAAUAGGCCGACUAUUGAAACUUUGAAAAAGGAAACCAUCAAAGGAGUUACAGAUCCAGAUCUGUUAGAGAAUUUAGCAAAACAAAAAAAACAUCAGUAUAAUCUUCUCAAAGAACACAUUGAAAGGGAGAAGAAAUUGUUUGUUGUUGAACAAAAGAUUCAGACACGUAAAGACCUCAUGGACAAGACUCACAAGGUGAAGGUAAAGAAGGAAACUGUGAAUUCUCCAGCUAUUUACAAAUUUAAAUUUCAGAGAAGACGCUAAUCUGGCACAUGAAAUCAUGAAAGCACUAGUUUUUGUGCACUGGGUGUGAUUGAAACUUUUUUUGUCAGCUGGCCUAGUUUAUCCAAAACAGAACAUUCUUCAACAUCUUGCUCUGCAAGAGACUCAUCCCUAAUUCUUCAAGUGAUUCUGGAUUAAAAACAUUUUAUAAUAGCACAGUGUCUUAUGCUGUGUUAUAUUCACUAAAUAUGACUAUUACAGUAUUUUGUUUUAUUCAUGGUGCUGUGGCAUUAUGUACUGUUUGCAUUUUUAAAAAUUAAGUCAAUACAUUUUGUUGUUUAAAGUGA